UCGCUAAUGUGCGACAGCGGUUUCCAGAUAUGUGGAGUUGAAUUGCAGAUGCCCAGUUUAGGUUUCGACUGCUCUGUUACCACGUAGGGGAGGACGAGGAAACCGAAACUUACCGAUGCCUAAAGUCAGCUGAAUCGAAACAAACAAGGGACAUACGCGGAUAUACCCGGAGAAAGAAGAUGGAAGUGAGGACGGGAGCAGUAGUGUGAGCUUUGUGUGCUCUCACCGGGAUUUUAUUACAUUUGCCGAGUCAUUAAUGAUGGCAACUAAAAACUACGUAGCUGAACUAAACGAGUAUGCGCAGAGAAAUCGCUUGAAGCUGAAGUAUGAUUACCUUGGCUCUGACGGCCCAGACCAUAAUAAAGUAUUCAGCCAGAAGGCGAUCAUAGAUGGUAAAGACUACCCCAAAGGUGUGGGGAAGACCAAAAAAGAUGCGAAGCUUAAAGCAGCUGAAAACGCUCUGAGGUGCCUGCUGGAUGGUAUAUGUCAGGACUUGACAGAAAAUGCAGCAGAAGCUUCUACACCAGCUGAGACAGAUAUCAACUUCAUAUGCUGGCUCAAUGAGUAUGGCCAGAGAAACAGGUUGACUAUAAAACCUAUGGAGACAGCAAGACCUGGACCAAAUAAUGCUAUCCCGUGGUGUAGCUUCAUGGUUGGUGAUAAGGAGUACCCAGCAGUCUCUGGGAAAACGGCAAGAGAAGCUAAGGAGGAAGCAGCCAAGCUCGUAUAUGACAUAAUAAAUGGCAACAAAACUACAGAUACUGCAGAUGAGAAUCACAGCAAUGGAUCAGGUCAACAAAGUGAGGACUUGAGUGAGAAUGCUUUUGAUCUGUGUACUACAACAAAAAACCUGACUGUGAACUCUAAAGACCCCAGCUUAAUGGAGACAAAUUACAUAGGACUUGUCAAUGACUACUGUCAGAGAGAAAACUGCUCCUAUAAAUUUGUUGAUGAGGAAAUAUGUGGCACACCUGAUAAACGUCAAUUUUUCUACAAAUUACUGAUUAACAACAAGCAAUAUCCUGUGGGGAAGGGUAAGAGUAUCAAGGAAGCCAGACAAAGUGCAGCACGACAGGCCUGGUUUGUUCUUCAGGAGCAGUCAAGCAAGGAGGAUGCCAAAGACAAGAACGUGGGAAAUGGCCAGAACGAGAUGCCAACUGUAUCACGGUUUAUUUCAGAAUUUGAACCCUUGGAGCAUCUUGGUAAGGGGGCCUUUGGUUCUGUUUACAAAGUAAGAGAUAAACAGUUGAAGAAAGAAUAUGCUGUGAAGAUCGGCUGCUAUAAAGAAAAAUCUCUUCGAGAGGUGAGAACAUUAUCAGACCUCUUCCACCGUAACAUUGUUAGAUAUUACACGUUUUGGAUGCAGGAUACUGGAUACGAGUGGGACCUUAGAGACAGUUAUGGCAGUUACGCCUCUUCACACACUGCAGAAAACCCCGAGACAAAGUUCCUCUAUAUUCAGAUGGAGUUAUGUGCCAAAAACACACUGAGAGACUGGAUUGAUGAGAAGAAUAAAGAGAGUGUGCAAGACUCCAAGCGAAGAGAAGAAAGUCUGAGAAUUGCUCAUGAAAUAGUUUGUGGAGUCGAGUAUAUUCACUCCAAGAACCACAUCCACAGAGACCUUAAGCCUGCAAACAUCAUGUUUGGAGUGGAAGGAGAAGUGAAGAUUGGAGACUUUGGUCUGGUCACCAGUGAUGAUGAUGAUGAAGAGAGAACAGUGUGCAAAGGAACUCCAUCUUACAUGGCUCCUGAACAAAGGAGUGAGAGGAAGUACGACAGAAAAGUGGACAUGUUUGCUUUGGGGCUGAUAUUCUUUGAACUCCUUUGGAAACUUUCUACUUACUCUGAAAGAGCAAAGAUUUGGCCUGACGUCAGAAGGCAGAGGUUCCCCGAAGAGUUUUCAUUGACUUUUACUAAAGAGAAGCAAAUUAUUAACUCAUUGCUGUCUGAGAAACCAAAAGACCGACCUGAUGCCAGUGCCGUGAAGGCAGAGCUUGAAGAGUGGACUCGGAUAUUCAACUCACACAAAGCAUCUUGCCAGGAAAAUCAAACUGUCUGAUAGUCACAAGAGAAAGGUUACAAAAGUCACAGGAGCCUUCGCAAAUCUGUCUUGUUGCAUCUGCUUAAUGAAAUGAUUUGAUGUACUGUGUAAUAUUAUGUAACUGUUAACAUGCAAAGUUAAUAUAUGGAAGAUGUCACAUCAUGAAUCCCGGCUAUUUCAGGGAAGUUUGUAUUGGAUUUGGAAAUGAAAUGUGAAAUCAGGAUUUUAAAAUCGAACUAUUCAAAUCAGUUUCCCGGUUUAGGUCGUGACUUUGUAACUGUUGUUAACCUGCUGCUGUCCUGAGGAGGAGGAACUGUGAUGCUACAUGUACUUCUGGUGGAUUCAUGUUGAAUGUCAGAGAUAAAAAAGCACACUCCAUGUGGCUCAAUUUCAGAAACCUUCCUAAAUGUUUUCACUCAUUUUUAACAAUUUUAAUCAUUUUUGUUGCAUUUUUUCUUUUGUUUAUUUUAAUCUGAUUGAUUGCAAUAUCAGUCAGCUACGUGUGACUUGGAACAACAUGAGAAAGGUCAUUAAUACUGUACUAGAGAGGAUGAAAUAAUGAAGGGUGUAUAAGAAACUGAACUGGUAAAUGUCUCUCAUUUAGCUCUGUGACUUUUCUUGCAGAAGCACUUGGUAUAUAAUAAUUACCAAAGAUUUUCAUUUUUGGUAUUUAAAUAAUGAGCAGAGUGGCAGCAAGAAUCAACUCAGUCAUGCAUUUUUGAUAACUGGCAAUGAGUCACGUAACUACGGAGGAAUUUUGAUCCAUUCUUCAUUGCAGUGUUAUUUUAAUUCAGCCACACUGAAGGGUUUUUGACUAUGAACGGCCUGUUUAAGGUUGUACCACAGCAUCUCAGUCUGAUUUAAGUCUGGACUUUGAUUGGACCACUCCAAAACUCACCUUUUGUUAUUUUAUGAGCAUUCAGAGGUGGACUUGCUGGUGUGCUUUGGAUGACUGUCCCAUUGCACAAUCCAGCUUUGAGCUUUGGGGCACGAACUGAUGGCCAGACAUUCUCCUUCAGGAUUGUGAUGGCCAAACCCAUGGUCACACUCGAAAAGUCAGUAACUCUUAUGUAUUUAUUUUUUCAUUUAAAAUAACACACUUUAGUUUGCACUAAGAUUAUUGAUUGGUUUAAAUACCUUGGUUCUAUUUGUAAGCACACACAGUUAGUGUAUUCAUACCAGUCCAUUAUUUUUGUUUUAUUUGUGACUAAUCUGUUUCUUUUACCUGUUUCUUACCUGCCAUCAUUCCUGGGAGUUGCCAGAAAAAAGAUGGUGGCCAGGGUUUAAAGCAGUUAAAUACAAAGAGGGGAUGGUUGGACCGCACCACCACUUCCUGCUGGAGGGGGAAGAAUGUGUAUUUUCUUUCAUUUAAACAAAAUGAAAGUUGUAUUUAACUAAAUAUUUGAGUUUAGGGUUUAGUGGUUUUGAUUUUUCUUCUUUGGUGUUUAGUUUAUUAACAGACUGGACUGUUUUUGUUGUUUUCGAUUGGUUUUUGUUUAGGUACCCCCUGUUGUGUCAUAGUGGUCUGAUCAGCCAUUGUAUAUACCCUUGUGUGUCAUUUCUUGUUUUAUGUCCUUUAUGUUUGUUUGGGCGGUCAUUGAGUUUAAGUUCACAGUUCUUUGCCUGAGUUUAGUUUUGUUUCUUUGACCUCUUUUAUGAGCUCAACAUCUAUUGUUUGUUAAUAUAAUAUUUCUGGUUAAAUAAAUGAAA